AUGUUCCUGCCAAAACAAUCAGUAAUCUAUGAUUUAGAUCAAAAAUUGCUGAUGGAACAAAAGAAACAAUAUGAUAUUUUUGUAAUACACACGAACUAUAGCCACAAGUUUUUCACUUCUAUUGUUAGAAAUCCAGCAAUUAUUGGAGUUGUACGCAGGCCAGAAAAAAGAAUUAUAAGUCACGCGUUCUUCUUCAAACUGAAAACCAGGUCAAGACAAUUACAAGUGUUAAGUGACCAAAAUUUUAUAAACGAAGUUGUAAAGGACACACCACGAUAUGGUGUUAACAAAGUAAUUUCUCAAUAUUUUGGUAUCACAAACUUAGAUAUAUCUGAAAAUUCUUUACAGCAAUACCUUUUGAGACUGAACUCUGAAUUUACAUUAGUCAUUAUCCUUGAGAAACUCGACGAAUCUCUUAUCCUACUCAAGAGACUGUUUCGAUGGUCGAUAUAUGACGUAAUUUACGCGGCCAAAAAGACAAGACAUCGCGAAGGCAUCCAUUUAAACGCUAGCCAGAUAAAGCAUCUAGAAUAUACGAACAAGCUCGAAUAUGCGAUUUAUAAUUUCUUUAAUAAAGAACUUGAAAGAAAGAUCAGGAAUGCUGGAGACAACUUUUCACAAGAAGUUGCACAAUUUAAAGAUAUACUUAGUCAAACAGAUGCGUUUUGUCUCACACCAAAUAAUACUGUACCAUUUUACACGUUUCCUGCAUCAAGAUGGGACGAUAGUUUCUCAAUAACAACAACAGACUGUUAUGUUAUCUAUGAACAGGAUGUCAAUCAGUUCAAAAUUAAUUAUCCAUUUAGUGUUAAAAUUGGAAAUAAAUAA